GGUGGAAAGGAAUCUCACCGGUAGCGGCGGCGGCGGCGGAAUGGGGUGGGCGCUGCUGGGCGCGGGGCUGCUCCUGGCGCUGUACACGCUGCUCCGGCACGGGCUGCGCAGCGCCCCGCGCCCCCGCGCCCGCCCCGCGCUGCGCGGCCGCACCGCCAUCGUCACCGGGGGAAGCAGCGGCAUCGGGGCGGCCACGGCGCUGGAGCUCGCCCGGUGCGGGGCCCGAGUGAUCCUGGCGACCCGCAACGCCCUGCGGGGAGAGGCCGCCGCCAGCCGCAUCCGCACGGAGACAGGGAAUGAAGAGGUGCGGUUCAUGCACCUGGACCUUGCCAGCCUGCGCUCAGUGCGAGCCUUUGCCAGCACCUUCCUGCGGCAGGAGCCCCACCUGCACCUCCUCAUCAACAAUGCGGGGGUGAGCGCCGGGGGCACGACAGAGGAUGGCUUCAGCCUCCCCUUCCAGGUGAACCACCUGGGCCACUUCCUGCUGACCCAGCUGCUGCUGGAGCGGCUGCGGAGCUGCGGGCCCAGCCGGGUGGUCAUUGUCGCCUCCAGCGCCCACUGUGCCGGCCGCCUGCACCUCGAGUCCCUGGGCCGCCCACCCCCGGGGCUGUUCUCCGCCUUCCAGGACUACUGUGACAGCAAGCUGGCCAACGUGCUGCACGCCCGCGAGCUGGCCACGCGGGAGCAGGACACGCAGGUCACCUGCUACGCCGUGCACCCAGGGUUUGUCAACACAGCGUUGUUCCGGUACGCGCCGCUGUGGCUGAAGCCGCUGCUGCUGCCGCUGGCCUGGCUGCUGUUCCUGGAGCCGUCCGAGGGCGCGCAGGUGGUGCUGGACUGUGCCACGCGGGACGGCCUCGAGCCCCUCAGCGGCCGCUACUUCACCGACAGUGGCCCCCAGCAGCCGUGGCCACGGGGGCGCGAUGAUCGGCUGGCACGGGCGCUCUGGGAGGGCAGCGAGCGCCUGGUGGGGCUGAGGGAGGAUGAGGUGGGACCCUCUGCAGCUGCUCCCGCUGCUCCCACACAAUAAAAGUGAU